UGGCCAGUUCACUUGCGUACGCCGUGGAAUCAACACGCACCAGCAAAUCCAGCGCAUCUGCCGACCUGAUCCAGUCCGAUCCCCUAAAAGCCAACGAAAGCGAAAUCUCAACGGAGCGCCAUGGAGUUCAACAAUCGCCUGUUGCUGAAAAUCAUCGAGCUGGCCAUCGCCAUCGCCUGUAUUGUGCUGUACGAGACGGUUGGCAACUUGUCCAGCCAUCCGGUGCUUGUGGCGGGCACCAUUGGUGGCUACACGGUCAUCUGCGGCGUCCUGUUGGUUGGCCAUGUGGUCAACUCGCUGGUGGAGAAGCGCCUGAACGCCCUGUUCUCGCUGAUCGGCUGCCUGCUGUUCGUGGCCUCCGGAGCUCUGGUGAUCGAUGAGUGGCAAAGUGGUACGCUAUUUGUACCAUCGGACAGGAAGCGCCAGGCCGUCGGAACCGGUUCCCUGAUGAUCAUCAAUUCGGCCGUCUUCCUUCUGGACACCCUCUGCAUCUGCCGGACGUAAAGAUUCCGUUCCGUCCUAUAUGUACUCCGUAUAUGUACAUUUUUUUUUGCAAAUCGAAUAACUCGUGUUGUUAAACAUAAUGAAAGAAGAAUCUAUUGUGAAUGUUAACGUAUAAUUUUUUUUUGCUGUGUAUACAACAGUUUUAUAUAUGUAUUUAUACGUGUCUUAAGCUAAUCUCAGAUAUGCGCACGCAGAUUAUUUACAGGAAUCCAUUAAAUAUAUACACAUACACAACAUA